UAAUUUCCCGGAAUGUCGUAUUUGUUUGUCGAUAUAAUAUCAUUUAAAUAAAAAUUGAUACAAACAAACAAAAAAUGUCAAAAUUUUUAGUCAACUUAUUUAUGCUGAAAACCCGACUACUGGUUCAAACAUAUACUGUUACUACACUACCGAUAUAUUAUUUGCUACAUAAGCCAUGGCAACGGCUCCGUGAGUUGGACAGUCUAGCGCCUAAAGGUACUGUCCAUAAGACACCGGCCGGCGAAACCAUAUACCGGGGCUAUCAGUCAAUACAACCGCAUGCCGUACUCCUAGGCUAUCGAUCGAUGGCCGAAAUGUUGGCCAAUAUGGACAAACACUAUGCUGCCGAUCGGCCAAUGCUCGGUAAACGUGAUAUCAUUAGGGAAGUUGUCGAGACCGACCAAAACGGAAACUUGUGUACAGCCAAUGGAAAGCCAUCCAAAAAACUGAUACUAAGCGACAGUUAUCGAUGGCUAACACUAAGCCAAGUACUCGAACGGGUAGACAAUUUGGCUAAAGGUUUGGCCAAAUCUGGUGUCUCCAGUGGCGACCCAAUUAUCAUAUGGGCCGAUACCCGACUUGAAUGGUUUCUUACGGCACUGGCACUGAUGAAACUGGACGCCAAAAUUGUUACAUUGCUCUCAAAUUUAGGUAGCUCAGGGAUCAUACAUGGCAUCACACAAACUGAAGCAAAAACCAUAAUAACGACUAUAGAUAUGUUACCGAAACUAAACGAUUUCAUUGAAAGGGUACCUAAUCUCCAAUCUAUUGUCUAUAUUAAAAACACUGACCGGGAUGUAUACGCUGGCAAUCCCUUUCCUUCGGGUGUCGCUCUCCGGUCGAUGGAUAAGCUGGAAGAGUUGGGCCGCAACAUACCUGAGCCGCUCGGCUAUCGGUUGCCAGAAAAUUUGAACGACACAACACUGAUUAUGUAUACGUCAGGUACUACUGGCCAACCGAAAGCUGUAUGCAUAUCCCAUCAUCAGCUAUACUCCAGUGCCCGAUCACUGUUGAGCGUUACCACCAACGAUAUGACCAACGAUGUCGACCGACAUAUCCAUAUAUCUUACUUACCGUUGGCUCAUAUGUUAGGCUUUUCGUUGGACUCGUUUUGCUUUUUCUGUGGCGUCAAAAUAGGCUACAGUUCUCCAUUUACAUUGACCGAUACAUCGCCAAACUUGGCCAGUGGCCAACAGGGCGAUCUAAAAUUACUUAAGCCAACAUCUAUGCCGGCCGUACCGCUUGUGUUGGACCGACUGCUCAAAGAUAUCAACGAAAAAAUACGGUCGGCGUCGCCAAUAGCCGGUCCUCUGUUUGCUUAUCUAAUGCAAUAUAAGAUACGUUGGACUCAGAGAGGCUAUCGGACGCCGAUAAUCAAUAGGCUGUUAACCAAUCGGAUCAGUGAGGCUAUGGGCGGCCAAUUGGAGCAGUUUAUGAUAGGUGGGGCCCCAUUGAAUCCACAUAUCAAUGCCUUAAUGAGAGCUGCACUAAAUCUUAAGCGUUUAUCGAUUGGAUACGGUGCCACCGAAACAACUAGCGGUGCUAUCGGUACGUAUGGCAACGAUUUUCAAUACGAAUCGGUUGGCUGUCCUGUUUACGGUAUCGACAUAAAACUGGUCGACUGGCCAGAGGGAGGCUAUUUGACUACCGAUCGGCCACGAGCUAGGGGUGAGAUACUGAUCGGCGGCGAUAUUGUUAGCAAUGGCUACUUCAAAGAACCAGAGCUGACGGCACAGGUGUUUCAAGUGGACAGUGACGGCCAGCGAUGGUUUCAAACGGGAGAUAUUGCCGAAGUUAGCGACGACGGUAUGUUCAAAAUAAUUGACCGCAAAAAAGAUCUGUCAAAACUGUCUAAUGGAGAGUAUGUAUCAUUGGGAAAGAUUGAAGGGACACUAAAAUCAUGCGAUUUUGUCGACAAUAUAUGUAUUGUUGUUAACAGCGAAUACAGCAAUUGUGUAGCACUGGUAACACCUAAUCGUCGGGCUAUCCAUAAACUGGCCAAACAAUUGGGACUAAUUAACAACAGUGAUAGUAAUAAUAAUUGGGAACAACUGUGUAUUGAUAGUCAAAUUGUCGACACUGUACUCCAAGGUCUAGCCGAUACUGGCCAACAAAAUGGUUUGACCCGCUUGGAGAUACCAGUGCGCUGUAGACUAUGUCCUGAGGAGUGGUCACCCGAUAACGGUAUGAUUACAGCGGCCAUGAAAUUGAAGCGCAAUGUUGUUAUGGAUUACUAUAAACCAGAUAUCAAUGCAAUGUUUGAUACAAUUCAAUGAUUAAUAAUUAUUUAGGUUUUAAAAAAUGUUUUUUUUAUUAAAUAU